AUGGACAUUCAUCGGACAUCCUCCCCUCGGCCAGGUGCUCGCCGAGCUGCACCUGCGCUGCCUGCGUCUCCAGGCAGACCAGGCUCACCUUCUCUCGGUGCAUCCGUGGAUCACGGAGCCAGUGGCUCAUCACAUCGGCCAUCCGGAUCUGGAAACAUCUUUUACAACUCUUCAGUCGACGAGUUUUGCCAGAUCAAGACCUUUGACACGCCCAACUACUCCACCAAGGACUUGCUAGCUGGAUUGAGCGACAAGCUGAUCACGCAGAGCAAGGCGAAUCCAGGCCGUGAGCAUUCUGGCUGUUGGUGCUGCUUCCAGGAAGAGACGAGACAUGGCCUUUGCUAACGCCUUGCCUGUGCCUACUUGCGUCUCUGUUUAGCCUUCAAUCCUCGUCCAUUCAUCAGGACGUACGAGUCCGCUGUCGACUCUCUGCUGCAGCUGCGUUCCACAAUCACCGCGCAAGAGUCCCAAUUAGCUUCCACGGUGCAGGUAUCGGAAUCGGCCUACGCUGCAAAGCUAAAGGAUCUCUCUUCCAACUUCGAUAGCGUCUCUACGAGCUUUACGGGACUCGAAGAUCGCUUCGCUGAUGUGGGCCGUACGGCACUGCAGAUCGGCGAGCAGCUGCAAACCAUAGACAGACUCAGGACUCGGGCAGCGGAAGCCAGCGACUUGAUCGAGUAUUAUUAUCAGUUUGCAAGAGGGGACACGAGCAGAUUGGAUCGGCUGAGAAGAGAAGGCGGCAGAGAGGGUCGAUUGAAGACUGCCGUUAUAGCCAGGAGGCUUGGCGCCAUCGCUCGAGAGGUCGACAUGCCGGGAGCUGACAAGGUGAUGAGCUCUCCAAUCUGUUGGCUUUCUCGCGCCGCUGAUGAACGUCUGCCGUCGCCGUUUCUCUGCUCCCUGAACAGACCCGCGAUACCGUCGAUGUGUUCUCAGAGAAGUUCGAGAGGGACAUGCUCAAGCUCUUUGACAAGUUUUACAGGAAGUCCGACCCCAAGAUGAUGAGUCAUAUCGCCAAGGUGCUGCAAAACUUCAAUGGCGGGCAUUCCUGUGUACAGAUCUACGUGAACCAGCACGACUUUUUCAUCAGCAAAGAUAGGGUAGGGGGUGCUGAGAGCGUUGGCGCAAGCGAGAUGUGAGCAUUUGUGAGGAUGUGCUGCAAUAGCGCUUCCGCCCUGCUGACUGCUUCUUUGUCUAGCUGGACCACCAUUUCAGACCCCGACGCGCCAGCACCCAAGGUGGAAGCUGGACUUGCCCAGCUGUUUGCGGAGAUCAAGCAGACAGUGGAGAUAGAAGCGCAGAUCAUUCAGGCUGUCUUUCCGUCCCCUCUCCUCGUGAUGAGCACAUUCCUUCAGCGAGUCUUUGCUCAAAGCAUUCAGUUGCAUGUGGAGCGCUUGAUGGAGAAAGCUGCAGAGGUUGGUGCUGUUAGCAACGGAGUUGCGGGUCAAAGUGGUACAUCGGCGCCAACUGCAGCCGGAGCGUUGGCCGGCUCUGAUCCGAGCACGGGGCCGGGUAGCAGCUCUUUGGCAUUUCUGCGCACCCUUCACAUGGCGCGCUCCAUGGCUCUGGCCCUGGUCACAGAGCUCAAAGUGUACGACUAUCGCUCGGCAGAUGCCGGUGGAAGUUCAUCUGCGAAUCGUAGCACAUUCCAAGAUGCCAGCUCUUUCUCCCUGCUUGGAGGGCACACGCUUCUAGGCAGCAAUAGCUCUAGCGCUGCUGCUGGUGGAGGCAGUGCACUAGGCUCGAUGCUGGAUCAGGCAGUCGAAGAGCUUUUUGUACCUUAUAUGGAGGGUAUCAGAUACUUGGAAAGGGAGAGCCGAAGUCUGACAGAUCUCUACGCGGCUUACCUGCUCCGCUUCAGCAAUGCGCACGUAAGUACUGCCAUCAUGCCGUAGUGUCGCCUAAUCUUUUGGUGACGCUCGCUGAUUACGAUCGCACUUGUGUUCGACAGCGCUCAGCCCCACAGAUCAAGACGUCUACCAUUUUCGAUCGAGUGAGAGCACAGGUGCAAGCUGCUUCCACUAGCUCUGCCAGUUCGCUGCAGCCCUCUUCCGCAGGCAGUACGGCCAGCGCUGCGACCAGCUUGACAGCAGGGGCCGGUCCCGGCGCAAGUUCUUCCAUCCCGGCUACAAAGUCUACCUUUGGCUUCUCCAAGCUUUCUGGGCUGGUCGAUCGAGCGCGUGGCGGAACGUCGUCGGCCGAACCUGCUGGCACAUUGACUGUAGCGCCCGAAGUUUCCACCGAGAGUGGAGGUCUCUCUGCCACAGGAGCCGAGGACGGGGAUGGUGAUCUGAGUCUGGAGGUGGCGGAGAGGAUGCUCAGAUGGCACGCAGAGGCAAUUGGGCGUUGCGUUGAUCUUAGCCCAGCUUCUGACAUGUGAGUAAAAUAGGCUGCACACUCGACUUUGUUUUUUUUUUCUGUUUUUCUCUUUGACCUCGUAACCCUGACGAUGAUGCGCGGUUCCCAGCCCCAAAAAUGCUUUUGCGCUUCUCAAAGUGCUUGUGGAAGCUUUCUUCCAGCUCUACGUCGAAGUGGCACUCGACUCUGCACAAACGACUGUCAACGGCCAGGACGUCCGCAGUACCAGCCUGCCCGAUUUGUCUUACCUAAGCGUUCUCAGAUCCGUAGAGCUCAUCACGCAGUUGUGGCAGCACUACGUGAACACUGCGCUACUCCCUCUGGCGAGCUCCAGCGUGACAAUUCGUCGAGAGAUGGCCAUCUAUAACAAUCACUGUCUCCUGAAAACGGAAGGCAAGUGCGAUGCUGUGCUGCAGAAAAGCGUGGACAGUGAGUCGCAUGGCAAGCUGGGUGCAUUGCAAAUUGUCUUGUUACUAAACGGUCGGGUCAAUCAUUCUAGACAUCGUCGCGUUCUUGACAGCCAGGCUAGCGACACAGAAGAAAAACGACUUCACGCCGAAGAACGAUGACGUUGCCUUCGCUCGCAGCAACACCGACGCGUGCGUUGCCUGUUGCGACGCACUCGGCCGGGUGGCAUCCGCUGCGCGAAGACUCUUGGGAGGCGGCAAGAACAGCGAAGCCUUCUUGACGGAGGUCGGCGUGACUUUUCACGGGCUGUUGCUAGAGCAUUUCAAGAAGUUCACAAUCAGCGCCGAUGGUGGUAUUUUACUGGGACAGGAUCUUAGCGCUUAUCAAAGCGCGGUAGCUGCCUUCAAUGUUCCAGCCCUUCAAGAUCGUUUCGACAUGCUCAGGCAGCUAGGCAAUCUUUUGUGAGUCGCUCUUGGGUUCGUCGGAAGCUGCUGGCGCUGAAAUUGCUUUUGUGCAAUUCAGCUUUCUUCCGCCUGCCGUACUCAAGUCCUACAUGCGCGAGGGUCACCUGGUGAGCGCUCUGUGGCUUUUGCACCUUUCUUUCGUCCUCACCUUACCGUUGUCGCAUCUCGUCUUGUAGGCCAACAUCGAAGAGCGACUUCUUCGUCCCUACCUUCUUCGACGGGCAGACUACGCCAAGGACAUUCGGGAUCUGGAUACGAGCUCGGGAUCCACCAUGGGAGGUACGGUGCCUUCGAGCGCGUCGCAUCCAGACGUCGAGUCCUUGUCUGUCUUCUCCGUGGGAUCUGAUCCCGGCGCUAAAGCCGACAAGCUGGCGCAGAUCAUGCUUGCGAUGGAGAAGCGCGCGGGAAGUCAUCCUGCAGCUGCUUGA